CCUCGACCCAGCCAAGGGACGUUCUCGUGCGCGCAACAGCUGAUCUCUCGAUUGCCGACACAGUAAUUGACGCGCAGGCUAUUAACGUGCGCAUGUACGAAACCCACAAUCCGGGCUUCUGUUACCAUUGCAACGGCGCCAUAAGGGAAUGCGGCCCGGCGCCCAAAGAAAACGCGGUCAGAGAUUCGUACGAGUUCGUGCGCUCGAUCAUCUUCACCGGCGACGAGGUCGAUCCACGGAAAGUCCUUUGCCUGCAUCUGUUCACAGCGCACAGCGCCAGAUGGAACAACAACGACGGCUCUGCCGUCAGACCCGUGAUACCUUUGCUGGAAAAAGCCAAAAGAAAACGGUUUUCCGGGCCGUGGAACAACGUGUUGACGUGCUACGUGGUGGACACCGAGGAGGCUUCAGCCGCUGCUACGGAGAACUUGAAGCUGCACGAGGACCCGCGGAAGAGGAUCUUGGAGGAGCGAGCCGCGCACGAUUUCGAGGAGAAGUGCAGACAGUACAUGGGCAAGAACGACGACCUCGGGAAAGCCCUGUCGAGCACCGCGAGGAACACGAAGAUCGCUCAACAGGGGCUGAGGAAGAUGCCGGUGAUCACGCCGCACGUGUACUCGUUGCUGGGCCCUUCUCACGAGCUGCGAAUCAAACAAGCCCUGGCCGAGGGCAUGUUCCGAAGGAAAUUGACUCGAUCCAGCAUGGAGGUGAGCGGAAUGGACGGUUACAGCUACUCGUUUCACCUGGACGAGGACGACGACGCCCUCAGCAGAGCGACCACCAACGAAUCGAACAGAAACUGCGUCAGCAGGUCCACGCGUAGUCCGUCGAGACGGUCGACGAUCGGGUCGAUGAGGCUGGACCACAGGUUCACCAUGUUGAAGUUGAAACGUGGCAAACCGAACGACUGCGGAGCGAAGAGCAGCGAUACGAACAAAGACGCGAUCAAUAUAAGAUCGAGCUUCAGAGCGGUGAAGGACGUCUCCUCGAAGACCUCCAGCACGAAGUCCCCGUUGCGCGGUGUUCUGGGAAGCCGUCCGUCGACCUGUUCCCUUCUGUCGCUGAAUGCGGACGCGACGGCCAAGAUCAGAAAGUGUGUCUACUUGAACACGGCGAGCGGAACGUGGCUGGAAAAACAGGAGAAAAAUCGGAGGAUGGUGCCGAUCCUGGUGAACUAUCAGGUUCAGGCGCUGGUGCAGACGGUGCUGGAGGUGCUGGGACGCGUGAAUCCCGAGAAAUCGAGGAUCAUCGUCGAAACUGCGCGGAACACCGACGAGAUAAGGAAGAUGCUGCUGCAGGCCGAGAUGCAGAGCUUCGUGCAGUCGCUGGUGGGUCAGUCGUUGAUGACGUCCCCGGAGAGCUACGUGGUCUCGACCGCUAUGGCGAUGGACGAAAUUGACGUUCGAUUCGGCGGGAUCCCAGAAAAGGAGAUAGUCGCUUUGACGCUGGAGAUGCCGUCGGCACCAAGCCUGGAGGCUCUAAUUGCGGACAUACGAAAUAGCAUAUUCCUCGACAUGGGAAAGAAUGCGCGGGUCAAUGGGAACACCGAGGAAAUCUCAUCCGAUGAAAAACUGGCGAAGGAGGACGCGGCAAAAAGCGCGACUGUCGCGGCGCGGACGGCCGGGCCGGACAACGCGUGCAACGCGUGCGACGCAAACGCGUCGUCGCCCGGUACGAGCAACAACGAGGAAAGUUGCGCGAAAAAAUUCGCCGGAACGGAGAACAGACGAGGGGAAUCUGCUCGCGGGAAGAAGAAGAAGAAGACCGAGACGACGGAGCUCGAGACGGAUUCCGGUAAGCACGGUUCGUCCAACGGGGAGUCGGCCGCGUUUUUCUGUUUCCAACGAAACGACAAAGGUAUUAUGCAAACGGAGGGAAAGUCCGGCGAAUACGGUAUCGCGGACGCGAAGUCUGGACGAAGUCUGACGGCGAGCUCGUUGACGAAGACCGACGAGCAUCGGUUAUCUUCAGGAAACGUUCCCGCCAAACGUCCAGCGAAUGCCAAAAGUUGGAAAGCUGCCCAGGAUCCCGGCCAUUUGGACGCUGAUCAUGUAAUAUUGCGAAGAAUGACGAACACUCAGAGAAUUUUAGUCGGACAGAUGUGUGCCUCUCUUAAGAGCAAGAGAAUUAAUAAUCAAGGCUUAAUUAACGAAAGCGUGCCGCUGGCAGCGUUGAUCGCCCCGGUCCUUUCCAGGGACAGUAUCAAGAUUUUGACACGGGGAACGACGUACUCGCAAACGAUCAAUCUGACGAGGCAGCAAGAAGAACCCGAAGAAAAUGUUACCGUGCCGGAUAAGAUAACGGGUCUUCUACUGGCUAAGAUACGCCAAGAUGUUGCGGAAACCGAAACGAAGAGACGCCUGAAACGGUUCUUGGACAGCUGGACUGCUAAAGAAAAGUGUCGCGACGAUCAGUAACAUUAGAAUCGACAAACAGACGUAUAACUAUUUCAUGAAAAUACAUAUACAUGUACAAAGGGUUAUUGAUCUCAAAAUGUUCACGAUAUUAAAAUAUUAAAUUUAAUAUUUCAUAUUUAUAUUUAAUAUUAAAUUGCCAUAAUUACUUAUAUA